AUGGCGACCAGAGCUUUUGUAAUGACCUCGCUUUUGCUUGCAAUUGUGUUUGCAUUGAGCCUUAGUAAUCUCAAUGGAGUGGAAGGUAGGGCAAGCAAGUUUGUGAGUAAAGUGACGGGAGAUGAUGUAACACGUGGAAGAAUGGCGGCCGGUGUGGUGUCUGGAUAUGGCUCUCAGAAGGGUCAAAUGCACGGUAGCUAUGGCGCUGGUUCCGGGUCUGGGUCGGGGUCAGGCUAUGGUGCAGGCAGUGGGGUUGGGCCUGGGUCUGGAUAUGGAGCUGGGUCAGGUAGUGGUUCUGGGUAUGGUGUUGGUAGUGGUGUUGGGCCUGGGUCUGGUUAUGGAGCUGGGUCAGGUUCUGGUUCUGGCUAUGGUGCUGGCAGUGGUGUUGGGCCUGGGUCUGGUUAUGGAGCUGGGUCAGGUUCUGGUUCUGGCUAUGGUGCUGGCAGUGGUGUUGGGCCUGGGUCUGGUUAUGGAGCUGGGUCAGGUUCUGGUUCAGGCUAUGGUGCUGGGUCUGGUUUGGGUAAUGGUUAUGGUGCGGGACAAGGUUCUGGAAGUAGGUAUGGAGAAGGUAGUGGUUCUGGUCAUGGAGCUGGCUCUGGUUCCGGCAGUGGUUAUGGAGCUGGUUCGGGCAGUGGGUCUGGUUAUGGGUCAGGGUCUGGCAGUGGCUAUGGUUCUGGAUCCGGCAGCGGUUAUGGUGCUGGAUCCGGCAGUGGAUCAGGUUAUGGGGCUGGUUCGGGCUCUGGGUCGGGUUACGGUGCUGGUUCUGGCAGUGGUUCUGGCUAUGGUACUGGUUCUGGCAGCGGCUCAGGAUAUGGCGCUGGCUCUGGUUCGGGGUCUGGUUAUGGUGCUGGCUCAGGUUCAGGGUCUGGCUAUGGUGCUGGUUCUGGCAGUGGCUCAGGCUAUGGCGCCGGCUCCGGUUCAGGGUCUGGCUAUGGUGCUGGCUCCGGUUCAGGAUCUGGUUAUGGUGCUGGCUCUGGUUCAGGCUAUGGCGCAGGCUCAGGAGCUGGCUCUGGCAAUGGAGGUGGUUCUAGAUAUAUACCUGGCAAAGGGUAUUAG